UAUGUCGAAUUAAAGACAUAUCCAAGGAUUUGAGUUAACUAAAAUUAUGGAGAAUCCUCAUGAAGAACAGCAGAAUGCUUUGAUGGCUCGUAUUGUAACCAAUGUUGAAAAAUUGAAUGAAGCUAUUAUGGAAUUUAAUCGCUGCAUUCAAGAAAUUAAUAUGGCUAAUAUGAAUUUGGAGUUAAUUUCUCAAAUGUGGGCUAAUUAUGGACGCAAUGUACGAUUUCAUUUAGAGGGAACAAAUCAUCUUGAAAAACCUCUUUAAAUAAAUUUCAGAAACAAAAUAAUGGUAUAUUAUAUUGGGGGGAG